AAACUUGAAAAAUGAUGUUUCUUCAUAAUUAGUAAAGUACAAGUCUUUCAAGAAUGAAGUGACUGGCGCUACAUGCAAACGGGCUUUCAUUCUGGAGUGACAAGCUUGUCCAGAUCAAUGCUGCUCAACACCCAAGAGCAACUGGAUAACCAAGACUGAAACUUCUACCAUUCUGCUGUGUUUGAAUUAUCCGAAACCUACAUCACCGAAUUCAAUGCAAAGCGACCCGACAGCAGCAAAAUGAGCAAAGAAAGCCACAUAGAACGCACGGCAAACGAACCCCGGGAUCCGUCGCUGCACACCCUCACAAUAUCCCACAUUACCCAAGUAACCCCCACCAUCCGUCUUUUCCGCCUCCAGAUUCACCAAAAUGACAGCAUCACAUUCCUCGCAGGCCAGUGGGUAGAUCUAUACCCCCCUCCCAGCUCCGGCAUCACCAAACCAGGCGGUUUCACUAUUACCUCGUCGCCCUCCUGGUCCCUCCCUUCACCAUCGUCAUACUCCACGCCCCCAUACAUAGAACUAGCAAUCCAGUCCUCGCCCGAGAACCCGCCAGCGGCAUACAUGUUCCAACCGCCAGCUCAGAUCCUGCACACGGAGGUGAAGGUCCGCAUAGGGGGCAGUUUUGUCUUUCCACCUCCCCAUCUCCAUCUCCAUUCUUCCCCUGCUACCUCUAUUCCCAAUUCCAUUGAUAGUAGUAGUAUCACAGUACCUCAGGGCAGCAGCGGAGAGAUCCAUGCUUCCCCCCUGCCCCUGCGCAAAGUCGUGCUUGUCGCGAGCGGCAUGGGCAUCAACCCGCUCAUGAGCAUGCUGAGCUUCAUUGGUGAGCAGCAGCACGCCUUGACGGGCACGGGCCUUGAGGAAGUGCGGCUGUUGUACGGCGUAAGACGGCCCCGGUUGUUGUCCCCUGAACAACAGGAGAACGGAGGAGAAAGCGGCGGGCGGCGUGGUAAUGGCGAUAAGGAUGAUAAUGACCACGGCGAAGGGGGGAUAUUAUUCCUGGAACGAAUUGCCCGCAUUUUCCCCCGUUCCCGUGGUGAUGAGAGAGGAGGAGAAGGAGGCCUGGUCAGGGGAGGGGUAAGGCUGUUCCUCACCAGCGGGAAUGAUGGUAGUGGCGCUUCUGCGGUCGAGCGAGAUAGCGGGGAACGGGGGCGGGAUGGAGGUGUGUUGAAGUGUGAUCACGGCCGCAUUGAGGUGCCGUUUCUGAGGCGGCGGAUGACGGUUCGCGAUGUGGAGGAGGCCAUCGGCGACGAUAAGGAGGGCUCGGUGGUCUACAUAUGUGGGGUGCCCACAAUGACAGACGAGUUCGUGCAGGCACUGGUGUCGCCAGAGGGAUUCGGGAUGGACAAGAAUAGGGUACUGUUUGAGAAGUGGUGGUAGGUAGGUAGGUAGGUCCGUAGAGCGGGUUCCUUACACGAGUACAACGGCAGUGCCUGGUUGUUAUCAUGCGAAAGUGAUGUACCGGCGGUAUCACCGAACUAGACAUUAUGGACCGGAAGCUGACAAGAAA